GAAAUGCCUCAUGAUCUCAUUGAAAUUUACUACAAUGCCAAGAAAGCGUUAGCUACAGGGUGUGAACCAGAUAUUGUAGCUUCUCUGAUCUCUUCACUAAAAUGCGAAAAUCUUAUUGAAACAGCUUGGUUAGCUGGAGCUGGAGGUGGAGGCUUUCUUUAUGUUUGGUUGAAGGCGAACAUCACCAUCGCUCAAGUCCAAAAUCAUGUGACUAAGCACGGAAGCGCAGAAAUGACUGUACAUACAAUUACCGUUGACAACUCUCCGAUAAAAGCUUAUCCUAGCUAA